AUGGAGCCCGCCGGCCCGGCCCCUGGCCGCUUCGGGCCGCUGCUCUGCCUGCUGCUCGCCGCGUCCUGCGCCUGGACAGGUGUGGCAGGUGAGACGGAGCUGCAGGUGAUCCAGCCUGAGAAGUCAGUGUCUGUCGCAGCCGGACAGACAGCUACUCUGCGCUGCACCCUGACCUCCCUGUUCCCCUUUGGGCCGGUUGAGUGGUUCAGGGGAACAGGGCCAGCCCGGGAGUUAAUCUUCAGUUUCAGAGGAGGCCGCUACCCCCGAGUGACAAAUGUUUCAGAUACCACAAAGAGAAACACCACGGACUUUUCCAUCCGCAUCAGUAACAUCACCCCAGCAGACACCGGAACCUACUACUGUGUGAAGUUCCAGAAAGGGAGCCCUGAUGUGGAGUUUAAGUCUGGACCAGGCACCCAACUCAUAGUGAGCGCCAAACCCUCUCCCCCCGUGGUGUCGGGUCCCACGGCCAGGGCUUCGCCUGAGCAGACCGUCAACUUCACCUGCAAGUCCCACGGCUUCUCCCCCAAAAACAUCACCCUGAGAUGGUUCAAAAACGGGAAUGAGCUGGCAGCCUCCCAGAUUACCGUGGACCCGGAGGGAAACAGCACUUCUUACAGUAUCUCCAGCACAACCAGGCUGGUGCUGGCCCCGGGGGACGUUCGCUCCCAGGUCAUCUGCGAGGUGACCCACGUGACCCUGCAGGGGGGCCCUCCUCUUCGUGGGACUGCCAACUUGUCUGAGGUCCUCCGAGUUCCGCCCACCUUGGAGGUUUCCCAGGAACCCGUGGCAGGGGACCAGGUGAAGGUCACUUGCCAAGUGAAGAAGUUCUACCCCCAGCGCCUACAGCUGACCUGGUUGGAGAACGGAAACGUGUCCCGAACAGAAACGGCCUCGACGGCCUCGAACCUCAUAGAGAACAAGGAUGGGACGUUUAACUGGACGAGCUGGCUCCCGGUGAACUCAUCCGCCCACAGGGAAGAUGUGGUGCUCACCUGCCAGGUGCAGCAUGACGGGCAGCCCGCGGUCACCAAAAACCAUACCCUCGUGGCCUCUGCCCACCAGAAGGACCAGGAAACCCAUAAAACCCAGGACACGAAUGACAGCCAGAGUAUCUUCAUUGUGGUGGGCGUGGUUUGUGCCUUGCUGGUGGCUCUGCUGAUUGCAGCCCUAUACCUCCUCCGAAUCCGACAGAAGAAAGCCAAGGGCUCCACUUCUUCUACAAGGUUGCAUGAGCCCGAGAAGAACACCAGAGAAAUAACCCAGGACAACAAUGACAUCACCUAUGCAGACUUGAACCUGCCCAAGGGGAAGAAGUCUGCGCCUCGGGCCGCCGAGCCCAACAACCACACAGAGUAUGCCAGCAUUCAGACCGGCCCGCCGCCCGCAUCCGAGGACAACCUCACCUACGCGGACCUGGACAUGGUCCACCUCAACCGGGCCCCCAAGCAGCCAGCCCCCAAGCCCGAGCCAUCCUACUCGGAGUAUGCCAGCGUCCAGGUCCAGAGGAAGUGAAUGGGACCGUGGUCGUCUCUAGGGUCUGUCCUUACGAGCCUUCCUGUCCCACGUGGGACAGCCGUGAUGGGGACAGCCAGCCCAGUUCCCAGAGGGCCGGGAUGGCGCAGGCCCAGGGACUCCAGGAUGAGGCUGGCUCUUGUUUCCCCAACCCACUUGGCUCUCCAGCAUUUCCAGGGCAGCCACCGUCCCCCCACAUCGCCACACAUGGAGGCCGAUGGUGCCAGACCACCCGGGGGACCGACCUGGGAACUGGCCAGAGUUGCUGGGGGUCCAAGAACCCUCAUGCCUGUCUCCAUCGACAUGUGGGUCUUGGUCAUGGUCUUGGAGACCCUGACUGUCCCCUUAAUGCUCUGCAGCCUGAUCUUCCAGGGUGAGGAGGGAGACAACCCCAUCUCCUUUCACCACCACCCAACUGGGGCUUGGGGAAAAUGUUCCCUUUAGAUUGAACUGCCCCAUCCAUGGAGAAGCUGGGAAAAAAACAAACAAACAAAAAAAACCUAUGGGACACGCAUCCCAAGACUUGGUGAGAUUGCUGCCAACAGUCCUAGCCUCCCCAUCCCUGGACUGAUGAGGCCCAAGCCCUUGGGGAGGGGAGGAUCCUCCAAGGAACUCCCACACAACCACCACCACCACCACCAUCAAGGACUGAGUAACAAAACCCUUCUGGUGGCCCUCUGAGACUCCUUGAGGACCCAUCAUCCCAACCGUGACGCUCCACGUGGCCCCCUCCUCUCCUUUCUAGACCUGAGCUUGCUUCCUCCAGCUAGCACUAACUCAGCAACAUCUCGCUGUGGACGCCUGUAAAUUAUUGAGAAAUGUGAAAUGUGCAAUCUUGAAACUGAGGUGUUAGAAAAUCUGAUCU